GGACUUCCUUCACCCACAGAGUUGGAUGUUUUACUGCAGCAUUUAGGUGACACGUAUCGAAAGGUACGAUUAGGCCUCCCAAAAACUUUAGAUAAAACAUAAUAGUUCGUUUAAAAGACUUUGUACAUAAUGUUCGUAACGCGGAAAAACUUCGACCAAGUACGAGGGCCGAACUGAAGUCACCGUCGUCUUCGGAAACUUUGCAGCGACUUUUCAGCAGACAUUACAGAUAUGCCUUGUGCUUUCACAGCAUCUGGGCAUAAAUAUACUUUUCAUGAGGAAUAUCGGAAGUUUUUCGGUACCGAGUAAAGAAGAAAAAAUUCCCAGAAAACUUUCUGCGGACACUAAAAGGACGAUCAUCAUGGGCAACGGCGUGUGCUCCAGAAAGCAAAAGAAGAUUUUCCAGUCUCUCUUAUUUGUCACAGUGGUUUGCGGGAUGAUUUAUGGUGGGAUGGUGUCUUAUGAGAUGCACAAACAACUAAAGAGGACAGAAGCUAUGGCAUUAAAAUAUCAGCAGCACCAGGAGUCUCUGUCCGCUCAGCUUCAAGUUGUUUAUGAGCAUCGCUCCAGGUUGGAGAAAUCUCUUCAGAAGGAGCGUCUGGAUCAUAAAAAAGCCAAAGAAGAUUAUCUUAUGUACAAACUAGAGGCUCAACAGUCCCUCAACAAAGAAAAGCAAGAUGGCAACGUCAGGUUUAACUCGCUGCAUUCACAGCACCAGAUAUUAAAGAACCAACAUGAUGAUCUAAAGAAACAGUAUUAUGAACUACAAGAGAGACAUCAGCUACAAGGGGAUGAACACAACCGAGCAGUAGAUGAACACAAACAGAAACUAGAUGAGCUUCAUCAGAACAAAGAGUCGGAGAUUUCUAAGCUCAAAGAAAAUGUUUAUAGUCUACGUGAGGAGAACAAGCAGUUGAGAAAAGCUCAUCAGGAGAUCUAUGUUAAUCUUCAAGAUACCAGGCAACAGCACAAGAGCCUAAAAUCUUCGCAUGACCAGCUUGUGUUGACCCUGGAGGACCACAAGAGUGCACUAGCAGCAGCUCAGGUUCAAUUGGAUGAAUUUAAACAGCUGAAGGACACUUUGAAUAAGGUGCCCAGUCUGAGACAGGAUGCAGGUGAACCUCAACCUCGUGUUGAUGCUCAUCCAGUCCAGAACAGACAGCAUAUUAAUCCUGAAGAGAUCCAUCAGUUCCAGCAAAACCAUCAGCAGCUGGAGAAACAGGACAUGGAGAAGCCCCAGCCGUCCCAGUCAAAUAACAGGGAUGAGGAUGGAGAGCUGGGAGGAGGAGCAGAAGAAAGGAGGAGAGAGCUAGCGGAGGAGGAGAUGGAGCAAGCGGGGCAGCCUCAAAAACUGGAGGAAGAAUUUGAUCCGGCCCACAAUGAGGUGGAGGGGGAGGAGCAACAGGUUGACCAACCAGAUGAGAAUGCAUUAGUAAACGAGAAACACGCUCAAGUGGUGGCGCCAGCUGAGGUUCAGGUGCAGAAUGCACAGGUGGAGCGGGUGAAGUCUGCUUAUGAACAGCAGCAGGAGCAGCAGCGUCUGGCUGCGCAGCUGGCAGAGGAGCGCAGACAGCUGCAUCUGCGUCAGGAGGCCCUGGAGAGACAGCAGUUACAGCAGCAGAAAGAGAGAGAGGAGCGACUGCGUCUCCAAAGGGAGAAAGAGAAACAACAGAACAGAGAAGCUGAUCUUAAAGAACAACAAAUCCAGCAGGAGAUGCUCAGGAAGAGGUCACAUUAUGAGAACAUGGAUGCUGAUGUAAUCCAGGGAGAGGAAGACCCACAUAUCCCCGAAGAGAAAGAGAGGAAUGUACAUCACGAAGAACCAAUUCUUGGUGGAGAGGAGCAUGUUCACCAGCGACAUGUAGAAGGAGAUGUAGAUCCAGAGAAUGACCCUAACAACCAGGGCGAGGAUGAGUUUGAGGAGGCAGAACAGCAGCAGCAUCAUGAGGGAGAGGAGGAGGAAGAGGUGGCACCCGUCAGACACCCCGACAUGCACCUGCCCAAAGAGAAUCAGCACCAGGCACACGCUGAUGAGCAGCUGGUGAUGGCUGGAAACCCAGACCAGCAGGAAGACAAUCUGGAUGAGCCGUAUCAGGAGGACGGAGAUGAUGAGGCUCAAGAUGAGAUUGUGGAAAAUCAGAAGCCUAUGGCGGGGAGAGAGGAAGAGGGAGACCCUUAUAAUGAGGAGAAUGGAGAACAGGAAGAUGCCGGACAUCAGGAUGUGGCGGUGAAUCGAGAUGCACAGCCCGUCCAAGAUCCCAAUGAGGAGAAUUAUGAAGAUGAAGAAGAGGAUGCCAACGGUGAUAAACCACCUAACGGCAGGGCAGAAAUGUGAGCUGAUAGGAAGAAACAUUGGACCUGGGAACAUUUCUGUUGGGUUCUGAUGAAUAAGAAACACUGAGAAACACCCAACCACUGUCAGGCCAGACACACUGCUGUCUGAUCAUACGGUUUUCUUCCUCAGUUCAGUUUUAUUACCAAUACAUACGUUUAGCUUUUAAACUGACGUUGCAGAUUUCUUUGACUGGAUUUUGAAAGCCAGCAGAGAGACGAGCACUGCAAGAUUUCAUUUUCUUUUGACAAUAUUUAAUAUUUUCUUGCGGCUACACGUGUCGUUGAAGUAAUGCUGUAAUAUUUUUAUAAAGGCAUGCUCCUUACUUAAUAAAUGGGUUCAAAUGACCAGUAUGCCAUUUAAGUUGUUAAGUCUGGGUUGUAUUUCACCCAAUGAUCACAAUAAUGUUUAUUAGUUUCAUUAAAUACGACUUCACACAGACUAUGAAUUUAAAGGAUGGGCUACAAUCAUCAUUAAAUCUUCCCAAACACUGGCCGCACCCAUCAGCUGUAUUCACUUAUAGUGUAAAUCCGUUAAAUGUUUUUUUUUUUUUUUAAGGAAUAAUGCAAUAUAACCGUAUUGAAUAAUUUGACAC